AUGUCAGAGGAAUUUAUCGCAGUUUCUACUUUGGCUAGAAACCUGGAAAUUGCCAAGGGUAAUGAGUUUCAUACCAUUUUGGCGACUUUAAGAUCACCAGUUUAUAUCAAUGAACAGCUGCUAAAAUCCGAAUUGAGCUUCCUUGUUACAAAAAUCCUAAAACUUAUCAGAUCAGGCAAUGACUUUGAUCUUUGGAAAGGAUGUCACACCUCUGUUGUGACUUGCGCCUAUAAUCCACUGGUCUUAUCGACUCAUGGAGGUCAAUUGCUUGCUGCCAUUUAUUCCAGAUUGGAACAGAAGACGGGUUUCUAUUCUUCGGUUAUUUCUUCAUCACAUGGAAAGCAGCUAUUCAAUACCCUUAUUUCUUCUGUAGCGAUUAUCAUUGAUUUAAUGAAGAAUAAACCUACGUUAUCGAGAGAAGCACUGGUUCCCAAAUUAAAGGCUAUCAUUCCAACGUUAAUUACAUUGUCUCAAUACGAGCCCGAACUUGUUCUACCAGUACUACAGAGGAUAUUGAAGAGAAACACUACAACAUUUAAGCCAUUUACCAACAAAUUCCGCACUGUGUUAAUCAAUUUAAUCAUAUCAGACUAUGCUUCUUUAGGCACUAAGACGCAGAGGCUUGUUUGCGAAAACUUUGCUUAUUUGCAUUUGCUGAAAAUUCAGGUUAGUGAUACUAGCGAUGACGAAACUCAAGCACAUCACAAAAUAUAUGCUGAUUCUAAUUGGAGAACAGGAUUAAUGUCCAUCUUAUCACAAUUCAAGCCCAUAAUUCAAUUAUGUGGAGAAAUCUUGGAUUUUGAACAAGAUAAUGAGCUGUAUAAACUAAUUAAAAGUUUACCGGUUAUCGAUGAAUCCAAUAACAAAGAAGAAUUUUUACCCUCAUUGAAAUUAGACUUCAACGCACCUUUAACUUUAUGGGAAAUUCCACAACGUUUGUCCUUAUUGGCUGACAUGCUUGUUGCUUUCAUCUCUUUACCAACUCCCUUUCCCAUUCGAGUUCCGCUGGGUGGUAUUAAUUCCCUUUGUGAAGUUUUGUUGGGAGUUAGUAACAAAUAUUUACCGUUAAAAAAAGAAUUGCGUCAUGAUAAUGAACUAAAUGGGGUCAUCAAUACCAUCUUACCUCAAAUACAAUUUCAAGGCAUUAGGUUAUGGGAAAUUAUGGUUUCAAAAUAUGGCAAAUGCGGUUUAUCAUUUUUCGAAGGAAUCCUUUCUUCCAUUGAACUUUUCAUUCCAUUAAAAAAGAAAAGUAACAAUGAAAUUGAUUUUAAUGUUGUUGGGUCUUUAAAAUUUGAGUUUGCUACUGUUUUCAGAUUGGUAAAUAUGAUUUUGUCUCAUUUAGGCCACCAACUGAACAUAAUCAGCGUCAUAUCCCAAUUAAUCGAAGUGGCGUUGUUCUUAUCUCAUGAUAAAACAUUGAUUGAUUCUUUAUUCAAAAAUCGUAAAAGCAUCAUGAAACAACAGACUAAAACAAAACAAUCAAAGAGGAGUAAAAGUGCCGAAGGUGCAUUUUCUGAUAUUUAUACGCACCCAGAGCUAUUUGUGUGUAAAAAUUCCAUGAAUUGGUUCAAUGAAAUCAAUGAUUUUUUUAUUACUGCACUAAAUAAUUGGAUUUUGCCUUCAACUCCACAUAUUCAAAUUUUGAAAUAUAGUAUCACGCAAUCUUUAAGAUUAAAGGAAAGAUUUGGUUAUAUUCCAGAAAGCUUUGUUAAUCUCCUGCGUUGCGAGGUUCUUCACCCAGGUAGUGAACGUGUUUCAAUUUUACCGAUUGCAAUAUCACUAUUAAAGAAUAUCAAUGAUGAUAUGUUUGAAUUACUGUGUCAUCCAAAAGUGCCAGUCGGUAUGGUGUACCAGUUGCACAAACCUUUGGACUUAGGCGAAGACGGGGAAGUAAGGGAUGAUAUCAACAAGAAGGAGGUUGAAACGAACGAAUCAUCCUCAAACGCCAAUACUGGCCUGGAGACUUUAAAAGCGUUAGAAAAUUUGGAAAAUGUUACAAUCCCUGAACCCAAACACGAAGUCCCAAAGGUCGUCGAUGAUACUGCCAUAUUCAAGAAAAGGUCAGUAGAAGAAGUCAUUGAAAGAGAGUCUACAUCUUCACAUAAGAAAGUGAAAUUCGUUGAAGAAACAACCGUGGAUAAUGGCGAAGAAUUGAUUGUAAAAAAAGCUGUAAGCCAAACUAAGGAAGAAGAGAAGCCAAUGGAGGACAGUGAAGAUGAAGAACAGGAGGAGUUUGAAAUUCCCGCUAUCGAAUUAAGUGAUGACGAAGAGGAGGAGGAAGAAGAAGAAUAA